AUGGGCUGCUCUUUGGGUGGAAAGAAGGUUCAUCCAAACGACAAGGAAUAUUCCGACGUUGUGCCAGCUGAUGUGUCGCCUCGUCGAAACAGUGAAAAUGAGAGUGAGCCAGGUGCGCCAUCUGGCCAAGGUCUAAGAAAAGACAAGAAGUUGCCAAGAGUAAUUCGCGGUGGGAAGGACCCUGCCGCGCCAAAAUCAGUUAAGGGCACUGUCAGCGCUGAAAACCGGCGCUUUAUCCUGAAGGUGCUGCAAAAGCAUUUCGUCUUUGGGAAUUUAGAUGAUGAUGAGCAGGAGAUGGUGGUCGACCACUUCGAGAUGCAGAAAGCUGGCCCAGAUGAGCUAAUCUUUGCUCAACAUGAGGUUGGGGAUUGCUGGUACAUCAUCCAGAGUGGUAGCUUUGAAGUCUGUGUGGAUGACAAAGCUGUCAGACAACUGCGCUCCAAGCAUAGCUUUGGUGAAUUAGCUAUGCUCUACAGCGUGCCAAGAACAGCCACGGUCACCUGUAAAGAGAAAGGGGUGCUUUGGAAGAUGCACGCAGAUCAAUUCAGAGUUUGCAUGGAACAGUUGAGCUCCAAGCACAUGAAGCGGGCGCUGGACUUCUUUGAGUCCGACUCAACCUUUAAAUACAUGUCCAAGGAGGAGAAGAGCAUCCUAUCGACCUCAUGCUCUGUCCAGAACUUCGCUGCGGGUGAAGUGAUCCUGAGAGAAGGGGAAGUUGGCGAGUGGAUGUUUAUUGUCAUCGAGGGGACUGUGAAAAUUGUCGAUCAGUUCGGGAACUCUGAGAUCAAGAAGCCCGGUGCAUUGCUAGGCAGCUCGGGGGUGAUGUACUCUAGCCUAAACUGCAGUGGUGCCAGUGCGGUUGACAAAGUGACUUGCUUGGCUUUGGGCAGGAAAUCUUUGGAAAGCUUGCUGGGGCCAGGAGGCAGUGUGUUACGGAGAAGUGCCAUCAAGGCUUUAUUGAUGGACAACGUCGAAAAUGUUGACUACUUCAAACAGCUCACUGAGAAGGAGUUACAUGAGGUCGUAGAUCGGUUCGAAGAGGCUUCCUUCGCUGCUGGUUCCCCGAUCGUAUCUGCUGGAGCUCCUGCCCAACUCCUCGUGGUUGUCGUUGGGCAGGUGGCCGUGAUGGGUGCAGAUGCAGCAGCAGCGAGCACGCCUGAAGAGCUAGCCGCCAAGGCUGUGUCAGUUCUGAAGCCUGGCCAGCUGCAUGGGGCGCAGUCACUACUGAACAACACACCCAUGGAGUACAGGCUGGUGGCGAUGGAAAACACACAGCUCCACCGUGUAUCCCAUACCAUGGUGUCACAAGUGCUUCAAGGGGACCUUGGUGAGAUUGUCAAGAUGAACGAGAUCAAGCGCGUUCUCGGUGACAUUUUCCUAUUUAAAAACCUGCAGAAUGAUCAGAUGGAGCGCGUGAUUCGGAGCUUCGAAAAAUGUGAGUAUGCUUCUGGAGAAGUGGUGGUAAAGCAGGGGGCGCAGGCCAACCACUUUUACCUCAUCCAAAGCGGUGCAAUUGGUGUUUCUAGAGAUGGGCAGCGACUUCGAGUGUUGCUGAAAUGGGACUAUUUCGGCGAGCGAGGCUUGCUGCUGCAGGAGAACCGCUCUGCCACCUGUGAAGCUGACGAACCCUCCACUCUCCUUCGCCUCGAAAAGGCUGUCUUCGCAGAUAUCGUCGGCACUUUCAGAAAGGAAUUGGAGCAUCGCAUGAUGCUGCAAGACCUCAAGAUUGAAAUGUCAGAUCUCUAUGUGAAGGCGGUUGUUGGUCGAGGAUCUUUUGGAUUGGUGAAGCUGGUGUUCCACAAGCGUGACAAGCAAAAGUACUAUGCCCUCAAGUGUAUUGGAAAGAAGCAGGUUGUGCAGCAGAAGCAAGAAAAGUCAAUGCUCCUGGAGCGUGAGAUUAAUGCGCAAUGUUAUCAUCCGUGCAUCAUGCACUUCAUCACAACUUUCCAGGACAGCAAGAACGUCUAUUUCUUGACGGAGUUUUUGGGAGGAGGUGACUUGUUCACAGCCAUCCGCGAAAUCGGCAAUCUUAGCAAGCGACAGUCGCAGUUUUUCGGGGGUUGCAUCACUUUGGCGUUAGAGUACUUGCAUGCUCGGUCGAUCAUGUACCGGGACCUGAAGCCGGAGAACGUGGUGCUGGAUUUCCGGGGAAAUGCGAAGCUUGUUGACUUUGGAUGCUGCAAAAAGUCUUUGCAGUCCAACACACUAGUUGGGACGCCGGAGUACUUUGCGCCUGAGAGCAUCAUUGGAAAAGGUUACACGUGUGCUGUGGAUUGGUGGGCGUUGGGAGUCAUGAUGCACGAGUUCAUCGUGGGGCCACUCCCCUUUGGCAGGGAUUCUGAUGAUCAGUUGCAGCUGCUCAAGGAGAUCAUGGAGGCACCGCUGGCAUUUCCAAGCUAUAUCACGGACAAGACCGCAAUUAGUUUGAUCUCGCAGCUCUUGGAGCGAACCCCUGAGCUGCGCUUGUGUGCUUCCUCUCAUGGAGCCAAGGACCUUCAAGAGCAUCCGUACUUUUCAGGCUUCAAUUGGAACAGCCUUGCUGGUCAGUCCCUCCAAGCACCUUGGUUACCAGACCGGCGGAAGAUUCAGGAGGGAUGGGAAAUUCCUCCAGAUGCUGGAAAGCCGGUUUGCCCUGAACAGGGGGACCCUGACAGUCUUCUGGAAGAUCCUGCCAUGGAAUGGGCCAAGGCCUUCUGA